CGUCAAGUUGAAAUAAGUUAACAACGCGGCCACGCUAGGCUAGCAGAGUACAUCAAAUUAGUAUUUUUUUUUCAAUUUUUUUUUCUCCCGUAUUUCCCGUCGUUUUCCCAGGAAAUAUAGAUCAAGAUUGAGAAUCGUGCUCGUGAAAAAUAAGAGUUUUCCUCCGGGGGAGGGAGGGUAGUCAGUCUGGCUGAUUUCCAGGAGACCAAGCCCUCCCAAAGGCUCGGCACAUUAGGCACAACAACGGCUCGUCGUAGUCGAAGGCAACAAGGCGUACUUCAACAGCCUUGAACGUAAACAAAAAUGGAGGUCAAGGAGGAGGAGGCGAAAAUUUGCAGGCUCUGCGGACAAUCGGAUAACUUUUGCAUCGACGUUUUCAGCGAGGACGGCACCAGCCGACUACUUCACCUUAAAAUACACUCGAAAAUUAACAUUCUGAUUGAAGAAGACGACGAGUUGCCAACCUCAGUUUGUGUAAAAUGUAUCGGAGCCUUGGAAUUUUUGUGCGAUUUUUAUAGCUGGUGUCAUCGGACGCAAAAGGAUCUGGAACAACAGGCAAAGAGAAAAAAUUCCGAUUCCGAUGAUAGUCAAUUUUCUGCUGACGAGUCUGACAAGGAGAAUAUUUUGCCAGCGAAGAGUCCAAAACGAAAAAUAAAAACCAAAAUUACAACUACUGAGCCCUCAAAGAAAGUUUGCGAACUAGGAGGAAAUCCUGAAUCUGAAAUUCCCGAAAAAACUCCAGUUAAUAAAGAAAAUAAUUUAGUUUCUCUGUCUGCAGGAAAGGAAGUUUUUAAUUCUUCCGCAAAAGAUGUGCCUUUAUCUUCUGUGAAAGAAGCUCUCGUCUCUUCUGAAAAAGAGAUCUCUGUUUCUUUAGGAAAGGAAAACUCUAAGUCCUCCCGAAAAGAAGUUAUCAUUUCCUCGGGAAAGCAAAGUUCACAUUCCUUUGGAAAAGAACUUGUUGUCUCUCUCACAAAAAUAUCGCCCAUUGCAACAAACAGUUCGAUCUCUAUCGAUAAAACAGUUCCUCUUUUAACAGUAGGAACUUCUACCCCCGUGCCAUCUAAUACAUCUCCUAACAAAAACAUUCCCAACAAAAAGAAAGAUUCCGAGACUCCAGUGUCUAGAUUGAACACUGAUAAGAAUCAGAAAGACAAAAAUAAAAGGUCCAGUGACAAAAAAACCGCUAUUACUCCCAACAACGAGAGAGAUUCCGAGGCUCCAGUGACCAGGCAGAGCACUGAUAAGAAUCAGAAAGAAGAAACUAGAAGGUCCGGUGACAAUAAAACUGUUGUUACUCCUAACAAAAAGCACGAUUCCGAGGCUCCAGUGUCUAGACUGAGCACUGACAGGAAUCAAAAAGAAGAAACUAAAAGGUCCAGUGACAACCAAACUUAUGUUAUUCCCAAAAAACAGAGAGAUUCCGAAGCUCCACUGACUAGACUGAGCACUGAUAAAAAUCAGAAAGAAGAAACCAGAAGGUCUAGGGACAAAACCGCGGUUACUCCCAACAAAGAGAGAGAUUCCGAGGCUCCAGUAACUAGAUUGAGCACUGAUGAAAAUCAGAAAGAAGAAACCAGAAGGUCCAGUGACAAAACCGUGGUUACUCCCAACAAAGGGAAAGAUUCCGAGGCUCCAGUGACUAGACUGAGCACUGAUAAAAAUCAGAACGAAGAAGCCAGAAGGUCUGGUGAGAAUAAAACCGUUGUUACUUCCAACAAAGAGAGAGAUUCCGAGCCUCCAGUGACUAGACUGAGCGCUGAUAAAAAUCAGAACGAAGAAACCGGAAGGUCUAGUGACAAUAAAACCGCUUUUACUCCCAACAAAGAGAGAGGUUCCGAGGCUCCAGUGACUAGACUGAGCACUGAUAAAAGUCAGAAAGAAGAAACUAGAAGGUCCGGUGAGAAUAAAACCACUGUUACACCCAACAAAGAGAGAGAUUCUGAGGCUCCAGUGACUAGGCUGAGUACUGAUAAAAAUCAAAAAGAAGAAACUAGAAGGUCCGGUGAGAAUAAAACCGCUGUUACUCCUCUGACUGCGUGGCUCAAGGGUGAUCCAAUGAGCAAAAAGCGCAAAAGAAACGAAAGUCCGGUUCACGAUAAAGUCGAAAUUUCAAGACUGAGUGAUUCCAAGUACAGCAAAAUAUCAGAACUGAUGACUAAUGAGCAGAAGGAAACUAUUGAGAAUUUUUAUCGGGUUGAUAUGUCAGUAGUCGACGAGAUAAAGGUCGCUAAUAAUAUAACGAUUCACUCUAGGAACGAAAUUGAGUGCAAGAUCUGUAAACAGAAGUAUAAUCGGAUGGACAAGUGCCAGGUUCACAUUUGGAGACAUUUGGACAUGACGCCCUACUUUUGUGACGCAUGCGAUUUUUCUACUCUGACCGUGAGCAACAUUCGUUGUCACAUCAGGAAAAGUCACUUGAAAAUCAAACCCUACCAAUGUCAUAUUUGCGAGAAACGAUACACAUCUCCUACUUCCCUCGAAGAGCAUAUCAAUACCCAUACUGGAGCGAAACCUUAUCAUUGCAAUCUUUGCAGCUUUUCGAGCUCGAGCAAGCAGGUUUUAUCGUAUCACAAUCUGACACAUAAAAAACAAAAGAUAAUAGGUUCGCAAAACGUUCACGUUCGAUACCAGUGCCCCGGCUGUCAGAAGGGUUUCAACCGCCACGACAACAUGAAAGUGCACACGAAGCGCUGUAACGUAUUUCUCAGCAACCCCGCCCUAAAAGAACUCCUCAUAAACAAAGUAAAGACAAAAAACGAGAGCCUCAGUAGCACUGAUACUGCGAUGGACACAAUGAGUGUCUCGUCGAUAGAUUCCACUAAUUUCGCCAAAACGAACGCCACAACUGGCAAGAAAAUAAUUACCAAGAUCGAACCUAGUAUUGCAUCGGAAAACUCCGACGACGACGAUGAUGAUGAUGAGUCUUUCUACCUCUAUGCAGACGAUGUCGAAUCUCAAAAGUCGGCCAAGAGUCUACGUUCUUGUACAAUCAGUGACGACGAUGAGGACCUAAUUACAGGAGGUGAAAUGUCCGUCACGGAAAAUAUUCUGUCGCCCGACUGUUUUUGAUUGAUGCAAAUCGGAUCGAAAAUCGGUAUGAUUUAUUUGGUCAAGUUUUUCAAUUUACUUGAAACAGAGUUUUUUUGGAAUAACGAUAUUUUAUGAUAACUCUCUCUUGUGAUCGUGUUGGUUUAAGUGUCGAUAACAAAAACGUUGGAAGAACACAUAUUCUUAAAGCCAACUUUAUAUUAAUAAUAGCGACUGAAGUGCUUCGUGGGACAGAAGACAUUUUAAAGUCGAUAUUUAUUUAUCUUUUUUUUUAAGUAUUGUUUCGUCUGCUUUUCUACUCAUUACUUCAUUCCUUUGAAUUGUCUUAAAUAAGAAGGACAACAAAGGAAAUAUUUGCAGUUUUAGGAGGUUAAGAUUUGUUUAGUUUCGGGUUAGGAAAAAGCUGGGAUCUUCGAACAAAUUUAUCGAUUUACAACUAAAAAAUUUGUUCUACUCUGUGCCAUGAUUACCAAAAACAUUGCUUUAAACGUUGGAUCAUUGAUAGAGUAACCAUUUGCAAGAAAUGAAAAGAUACUUCAUUAAAAGAAUUGGAGAAAAGGAAGUUAAGAAGAAACAAAUUAAAGUGUGAUAAUCCAUAUAUUUUUGUACAAUCAAGAUUUUGAAUAAUUAAUUGGUUGUAACUCGCGCACAUUUUUGUAAUGAAAUUUUUAAUUACAGUUUCGGCAAUGCUCGUUACUCUAUUCUGAGGAUUAUUUUUAUACGCCAUGAAAAUAAAAAUUUUUAAUUAGAAAGAAAGAAAAGAUACUAAAAAAAUAAAUUGAUGUUUUUGGUUAUUUUGUUUUGAAAAGUGUUGUCGGGAGGUGAAUCUUUGAUUAUUACGUGUUCCUGCGAAACCGUAACGGACUGUAAUUCAAUAUAUACUUACACAGGAGAAAGUUGAGAGUAUGAGUCAAGGACCUAGGUGCAUAAUAUUUCCAUUCCAUUUGUUUCUGUCAGCAUUUAUGAAUGUUUUUUUACCGGUGAAAUGAAAAAUUGAUAUAUUUCAAUCUGGUGCCAGUAUGGCUAAUUUUAUCUGACGCAUCAAUAUCGCGCAAUGAGAAACUGACAAAAUUCUUAAAAUCCAUAUUUAAUUACAGUCUUUAUUGUUUCCAUGUCUGUUUAAAAUAAAUUUUUUGCUAUAGUUAAAAUUUGAUGACUCGUCAGCAACAAAUGGUACACUGUUUGUAGUAAAUUAAAACGAAAUAUAUUAUUUAAGAAUGAUAAGAUAGAAGGUAUUUCUAUAAAAAAAAUGAGUUUCUCAAAAACGCUUAUGCAUUUAAUAUUUCUAUUUCGCGGUACUGUAAUAUUGACGAUUUAAGUAACAUUAUGAUUACAAAAAUCUCAAUCAGUUGUGUUUAAUUUCAGUUACCAUUUCUUAUGUAUAAUUCCAAUCACCGUGACUUGAAACAACAUAGCGCUACAGAAAGUAGAUUAACUGUACCAUGACCAGGAAUAGUUGUUUCCAAUAGAUUUUUGUCCGCUGAAUCCGAAAUCUUUCUGUUAGAUUCUAUUUCCUUCUGAUUCUAAUCUUUCUAUAAAGUUUUCAGAAAAUUAAUUUCAAGGCUGUGCUCAAGUUGAAGGUUGACCAUUAUAAUGCGAGCGCGCACAAAGCAAAAACCGGUUAUAGUGAAGAGUACGGACCAUCUUAAGGGUCAUCCAUAAAUUACGUAACGCAAUUGUCCCACAAUGUUGCCCCCGUACCCGUCAUCUCCGGUCAAUAGAACGCUUUUUUUAUAUUUUUCUCUGUAAUUUUUUCCCAUUAUGUAACACAUUAUUUCAACGAUUCAGUUUAUUCAGUUUUUUGCUUGAUAAAAAAAUACAUUUAUAUCUUAGAGGAAUAAAAAAGUAAUAAACUUCGGCGGGUCUGUUAUGUAAUUUAUUAUUAUUAUUAUUACUAUUAUUUUGUCACACUUGUUUUAUUGGCGGGUCUGUAGUAUAAUAAAUAAAUAUUAUUGUUUACUUAAACGCAAAAAUAUGGUACUACAAUAACAUAACUUAUGAUUGAUGUCAUAAUUUGUAUUAUUAUAACAUUUCAAGAACCUAUUACGGGAUGAAAAUCAACGUUCCUGAAGUAUUCUGAACAGGGAAAUGAAUUUUAAGUUGUGUUAGUACCAGAAUUUCGUGUUUAUGAUACUUUGGUCGUUUUUGCGAAACCAUUAUUGAAAAUAAGAUUAUUUUGUAGAUUAUACGUGGCUAUUUUAAAUCCUUAAGAUUCAACAAACAAGAAAACGAAGAAGAUUUUAUUCCAUACUAAAAAGCUUAAAUUACAAAACACACAUUUGACCUCAAUUUUCUAAAAGAAACUUACCGUAAUAGAAACAUUUCUCUUUUGUAUUUGGAUUUAGCGAUCAAGAAUCUACGCCUGACCUGAGUAAAGUUAAUACAUUUUUUGUGUUCCUGUGUAAUCACGAAAAGCGAAAAAUUAAUGUUCAUCUACUCAGGAGAAAUGAAAUCACUUAUAUAAAUAACAUGUUUAUUUUAAUUAUACAAAAUUCUAUACGAAUAGCCAUUUUUUUGUAAAGAAAUUAAGCAUAUAUUCUGUCAUAGACAUCUCUGAUUAAUUUGAAUGAAUUUUAUACUUACCAUACAAUCUUUAAAUAUCUGACGGCUGUUUUUAUUUUUCGUCUUUACUAAUAGAAUAAACUCGUUAGCUUUAUUACCUCGUGGUGUCUUGUGACUAAAUUAGUCAGAUUGUGUUUCGUUGUUCGAACGAGUUCAUCUCUAAAAACAAACUUACUAAUUCAAAAAAUUGGUCCUCAUCAAGAAAAGUAAUAUUGAAUUUUAGUUGAAAAAAUUGUAUUUCUUACAUGCUUAGGUCUGAUUCACAAAAAAUAUAUUUUUAGAGUUUCGAAUGUCUUUCGAACAAAAACAAGCUUUAAUUAGUGGAUCCGUCGUUUUGCUUAAAAGAUUAUUAUGAGGAUAUAAUAGUAUAUUUUUCUAUGCGAUUUCAACAACUUUUAAGUCCCAGAAUUCGGCCUGUUAGUUUGUACGUCGAACAUUUCAGGCAAUUACUGUUACGAGUUUUAUAACAAGGACAGUUAUUGCACUCGGAGGCCUUGAAACGAUUUGGUAACAAAUUCAUCAAAUUCUGUAAGUUUACUUUACAUUGUAGGUCUGAAAUUUAUAACACGUAAGCGAAUCUUCGAUAAACGGUCGAUAAUAAAAAAAUGUUAUGAUUUUCUUGGUCGAAGCGAAGUGUGUUAGUACACAAGUCAAGACUGAUUUGCCAUACAAUUGUAAUAUAAAGUUUCUAUUAAAAGCAUUUACAGCAA